CCGGCCUCCUCUGCGUCGCGAGACCCUCCCCCGUCCUCUCCCGCCGUGCCGCCGGCCGGCGUAAGCGGUGACUGCGUUCCCGCCCCGGCUGGCGCCGGCUGCCCUCCCCGCCCCUUCCUCCCCCCCGCCCUCCCCGCCCCGGCCCCCUCUCUCGCCGGCCGGGCCCCGGAGCGCCGCUGUCGGGGUGUGAGCGGGGCCCGGCGCCGUGUUGGGCCGUCCCCUCGCCGGCGGGGCCAUGGCCGCCAGCGCCAAGCGGAAGCAGGAGGAGAAGCACCUGAAGCUGCUGCGGGAGAUGAGCAGCCUCCCGCCCAACCGCAAGUGCUUCGACUGCGACCAGCGCGGCCCCACCUACACCGACAUGACGGUGGGCAGCUUCGUGUGCACCUCCUGCUCCGGCAUCCUACGGGGCUUGAAUCCACCCCACAGAGUGAAGUCCAUCUCAAUGACUACUUUCACACAACAGGAAAUAGAAUUUCUGCAGAAACACGGGAAUGAAGUGUGCAAACAGAUUUGGCUAGGCCUAUUUGAUGACAGAUCAUCAGCAAUUCCAGACUUCAGGGAUCCACAGAAAGUAAAGGAAUUUCUACAGGAAAAAUAUGAAAAGAAAAGAUGGUAUGUUCCUCCAGAGCAAGCAAAGGUGGUGGCAUCAGUCCAUGCAUCCAUAUCUGGGUCUUCUGCUAGUAGUACAAGCAGCACACCUGAAAUGAAGCCUCUCAAAUCUCUCUUGGGAGAAGCUGCACCCACACUGCACUUAAACAAGGGCACACCUAGCCAAUCUCCUGUUGUAGUUCGAUCUCAAGGACAGCAGCAACAGGAAAAAAAGCAAUUUGACCUCCUCAGUGACCUUGGCUCAGAUAUCUUUGCUGCUGCUCCUCCUCAGUCACCUGCUACAGCAAAUUUUGCUAAUUUUGCACACUUUAACAGUCACACAGCGCAGAACUCUGCAAACGCAGGUUUUGCAAACUUUGAUGCAUUUGAACGGUCUAGUGGCUCAAGUAAUUUUGGAGGUUUCCCCACAGCAAGUCAGUCUCCUUUUCAGCCCCAAAACACAGCGUUCAGAACGCUUUCAUCUAGCUGCAGUUUUGGUGAAUUUACUUCAGCUUUUCCUCUCCAGGCUGUACACAGUGGAAGUGCUGGAUCGGUCAAUGCUAACUUUGCUCACUUUGAUAACUUCCCCAAAUCCUUCAGUGCUGACUUUGGGGCCUUCAAUGCUUCUCAGAGCAACACAACAGCCACUGCAGCUAGUAAAGCUGCAGCGAAUAAGCCCAACCUCCAGCCAGCUGACAAAUAUGCAGCUCUUGCUAACUUAGAUAAUAUCUUCAGUGCAGGGCAAGGUGGUAGUGAGCAAGGAAGUGGCUUCAGCACAGCUGUGUCAGCAUCAGCAGGGCCUGCGUUGUCAGCCCCGAAUCAGUCAAGUCCACCUUCAGACAAGUACGCGGCUCUAGCAGAGCUAGACAGCGUGUUCAGCUGCACAGCAACCUCUAGUAACGCCUAUACUGCCACCAGUAACGUCAGCAGCAAUGCUUUUGGAACAGUACCCGUGGCUGCUACUGCACAGACACAGCCUGCAUCUUCAAGUGUGCCUGCUCCCUUUGGAGCAACACCUUCCACAAAUCCAUUUGUAGCUGCCCCUGUUGCCCCAGUGGCACAUCCAACAAAUCCAUUCCAGACCAAUAGCCGAGGAGCAACAGGCCUCUCAGGAGCAAUUCACUCUCACAUAUUUCCUCAGGCUCACUUUGCAGCAACAUUUGGUACUGCAUCCAUGAGCAUGCCUGCAGGAUUUGGAACUCCUGCCCCCUACAGUCUUCCUACUAGUUACAGUGGCAACUUCCAGCAGCCCACGUUCCCAGCCCAGGCAGCUUUCCCUCAACAGACUGCUUUUGCUCAGCAGCCAAAUGGUUUUGCUGCAUUUGGCCAGGCAAAGCCUGUAGUAACUCCUUUUGGACAAGUUGCAGCUGUUGGAGUACCUAGUAACCCUUUUAUGGCUGGUGCACCAACGGGACAAUUUCCAACAGGAAGCUCAUCAACCAAUCCUUUCUUAUAGCCUUAUAGACACUUUAUCCAAAAGAACUCUUACGUGGUCACAUAACAUCUCUGCGCCUCUUGCACUGUUGUCUUGUUUCACUGAUAUUAGCUUUAAACACAAAAGAAGUCUUUAAGAAGUACAAAUAAAAGCCUGCAUUGUGUACCUUUAAAAAAAAAAAAAAGGAAAAAGAAAAAAAAAAAAAAUAAAUUGAAACCCCUUCCCCAUAAAAUACACAAACCCUAAGUCAGUCAACCUCCCACCAGGUAAUAAUGUGCAAACCAGAGGGCUGUGGUAACAUCCUUGAACCUGUGAGCUGGCAGGUGAAGAGUAGCGGUAUCAUGUAUAUUGAAAUUGGCUAAUAAGUUAUUGCAGAUACCACAUUCAUUAUGCUGCAGUACUGUACAUAUUUUUCUUAGAAAAUAGCUAUUUGUGCAUAUCAGUAUUUGUAACUUUAACACAUUGUUAUGUGAAAAAUGUUACUGGGAAAUAGAUCAGCCACUUUAAGGUGCUGUUGUAUCUCUUGGAAGGAAGGAACUGCAUCAUUUUAACCGUUGACAUUGGAAGUCACAAAGUUCAGCUGAAGGUUUGUUCAUUUCUCAAAACGUUUUCCUUUCCUAAGAGCUCUUCUAUUUAUACAUGCCUAAAUCUCUAAUGUUAGAGGGAUACCUGUCUGCAUAAUAAAGCUGAUCAUGUUUUGCUACAGUUUGCAGGUGAAAAAAAAAAUAAAUAUUAGCAGAAACAAUUGUGUAGCAUUAUUUCUGUGGAGCAGCAUCUUGUUGGGUUGCAAUGUGCACACCGAGCAUCUUGUACACAGAUCAGGCCUCAAAGGCAUAUGCUGCAAGGUGAGUGAAGCUUUACAUUUCCACAUGCCUCACCAGGAUGUGUUUUUGUCCUUGAGAUGGAGCUGGCUGUCCUAGCUGAAGUGGCCUGUCGAACAGGGAGAUGUUCUGUGAGCCUGGGUUAUUGUGACUCAGCUGCUGGAUAAUGGAGGAUGCUGGAAACAGUGAGGAGGAAGUUCCCUGAGAAAAGGUUAGCUGCAGGAGACACAGUUU